AUGGAGGAAACAAAACCUUUGCAUGUCAACACUUCCAGCAAUUCUGCCUUCGAAGAUGAAGAGAUUGAUUAAUCCAAACAACAAAUUGCUGGGACUACCCGAAGAAGAUAAGAGUGACGCGGUGAAAGUUAUUAAAGCCCUCAUUAAGCGCUUUGAAGGCAGUGUCAGUGUUCAAGCUGAGCGAACGAAAAUGGGACGCAUGUUUCAGUCCGAAGGAGAAUCCAUUAGUGCGUGGGAAUGUCGAGUGGUGGAAUGAGCUAGAUAUUGUGAAUAUGGGAAUUUUGAAGAUCAAGUAUGCCGCGACCGUUUUAUUACUGGCUUAGUGGACGAAACUUUACAAGGAAAGUUGAAUACUAAUGAUGAUCGUGACAAGGAUGGUAACAUUGUGGAGUUCCGUACUGUGGUUGAAAUAGCGAAGAAUUAUGAAUCCUCCACUGACGCUCGAAGGCUGAUGAGGCAAGUCCGUGGAGAUCAAGAGCAGGUGAAUUGGCAGGGAAUUGGACCGAAAAAGCCUCCCAGUCAAAGCAAAACAGCACUCGCUCUCAAAGCCAAAGCAAUGGCAAAGAGUUGUCUAGAAAACAGUCUGAGUGUAACCACUGUGAGGCGACACCGAGUCACCCAAAGGAAAAGUGUCGUGCAUUUCUCUUUAAGUAUAAGUGCAGACAAUGUGGCAAAGAAUGGCAUAUAGCUCGGAAAUGUUUGUGCUAACCUCAGAACGUGAAUUCAUUGGAUGAUUCAGUUUCUGAUGAUGGGCAAGAAACAUAUCAUUUGUUUACUCUGGACACUCACUCUGUGAGAUCGGUAUCUGUACAGAAGGGGAACAAGUUUUUCGCGGGGAUCAAAUUAUCCGCAGCAAAAAAAUGUUUACCUGGAAACCUUUGCAAUUAGAUACUGCGUCAACAACCAACACCCUUGCAGUGGAGGACCUUCGGAGCAUGUGUCCAGCAGGGGUUUAUAUCCAUGGCCUAAUCAAACCCUCCUCUGCCAUCCUGCGUACCUAUGGAGGAGUUGUAAUAAAGCUAGUGGGGCAAAUAGAAUUGGUCUGUAAAACUCAAGGAAAGUUUCACACUCUUCAGUUUCAGCUGUUAAAUAAGGACGUCAUGGGAUCACAGCCACCUCUUCUAAGUGGAUCUGAUUGUGUUAGAUUAGGCCUGGUUGAGAUAAAAGGAAACACCUGCUCCUUGGAUCGUAACAACCAAAAAGGGGGUGCCUCAGAAGUGUGCCAGCUUAACUCGGGACCUGUGCGAGGAAGAGUGGAGGAAAGUGGAACUCCUGAUCAGGAAGUCAGGCCCGCCUCACUGAAUGGCAGUGCAACAGAAGAGAUUAAUCUAACUGAGGAAACCACCAGCACCUCUCAAGUACAUGGUACGUGUGAGGAUAUUAGUUUAGUUCACCGUGCUGUAAUCAAUGAAGAAACAGUUCGUCUAAAG